AUCAAGGCUGACCAAGGCUGAUCGAGGAUGCCAGUGAGCGUGCUGAUCGCCUCAUCGUUAUUACUAUUGGCGUUGGUGUCGUUUCUGUCAGCGACACAUGGAAUGCACAUCGGACAGUCAUGUACAAUCGACAAUACAGCUGGUGAAUGUAAGCUUUUACAAGACUGUCCAAAAGUGUAUCAAGAAUUGUUAGCCGGCAAAACGCCUAGCAAAACCUGCGGAUUUUCAGGUUUCGACCCAAUAGUAUGUUGUCCAAAAAAAGACCGUAUAAUUACUCAACCAACGCCGCCAACACCGCAACUAGAGCCUACUGUACCAACAAAUACAAGGCGACCAGAUAGAUCAAGGGGAUCCGUAGCACGAGCAAAAUGCGCAGAAAACGCGGAGGCUGUUUUCGGUUUCGUAUUACCACCCACACCAACAUUGAACCGGAAACCUGUCAAUACGUCACUAUGCGCCUUGACAACACGCAAACUAAUCGUCGGUGGCAAGAAAGCCGAAGCGAAAGAAUUUCCGCACAUGGCGGCCGUUGGUGUCGACAGUACUGAUAAAAUCUUGUGGAUUUGCGGCGGUACCUUAAUUUCCAAGAAAAUCGUUUUGACAGCAGCCCACUGCACUUGGACAGCGGAUUGGGGAAACGCAAACUGGGUGCGUCUCGGCGAUUUGAACCUCGUACAGUCGAAUGACAACGCGAAGCCGCAGACCAUCGCAAUACAGGAAAGAAUAAGGCAUCCCGACUACAAACGUCCAUUGGAAUAUCAUGACAUAGCUAUACUGCGUCUAGCGAAAGAAGCUGUUUACGAUGCAUAUGUUAGACCGGCAUGUCUUCCAGUCGAUUGGCCUGACGUGGGUCCAAAUGACAAAGCAGUCGCCACUGGAUGGGGUCUAGUUGACUGGGCUGAUGACCAAGGUUCAGACAAUCUAUUAAAGGUAACACUUAGUUUGGUCCCUCACGAGUCUUGCAACGCAAGUUUCUUCGAUGGCGGCAGUUCCGUGGAGCUCGCAUUAGGGAUCGUCAAUGAAUGGCAAAUAUGUGCGGGAGAAAUUGGGAAAGAUACUUGCCAGGGUGACAGCGGAGGACCACUUGCCGUUUUUAACACGGACCACCAGUGCAUGUACAACGUAAUUGGAGUUACCAGUCUCGGACGACUUUGCGGCAGUAUCAUACCUGGCGUGUAUACCCGAGUCUAUCACUACAUUCCCUGGAUAGAAAGAACCGCGUGGCCAGAAUACUUCUAACAUACCUCAUUACUUCUUUGACUCUCGAAUAGAGAACGUCGUGAUACUCGUACGCACGGCAGAUGCAGGGUCAAAUGUGACCCAAGGAGUGAUAUUGUUUUUGAACGUUUAAAAAACAGUUUUUUUUAAUUAUAAUAUAAUAUGUAGUAAAUUAUUUCAAAUAUGUGC